AUGAACACUGUUGGCCCAUCGGCUAGCGGAAACUUUAGUUCAGUGAAUUCAUUUCAGAGUGGAAGGAAGGAAAGCAAUAAUAAGAAUAACAAGCGAAGAGUAGGAGAGACAAGACAGUCUGAACAGAAGCAUGUCAUCAGUAAUGACAAACCAAACAGGAAAUCCAAUAUGAGGCCAUUCAAUAAAAAUGGAAAGGGAAAAAGCUUUUCCAAGAAGUCUAAUUUAAAGCAUAAUACAUCCGAAGAACAGCAGAAACAACCAGUUGCGAUUGUUUCUAACCCUCAUUCGUCGUCUUCGAGCCCUGAGAAGUCUGCCAAUCCUACAAAGAAGACAAACCGCUUUGCGUCGCAAUUUGUGGGUGCACUUUUACUGUUUCCGGAUCAAUUCGGGUAUCAGAAAAUCAACCAUGUGCCAAGAAUCACUCCCAAGUAUCUUCUUCCAGGCCAGACGUUGUUCGAAAGCACAAGUUUUGUGCCAAAUGAAUGGGACCGAAAGAACCAGGAAAUGCUUGCAGCACGCGAGUCAGAAUUUGAAGGUGAUCCACAAAUGUUGUUUCAGGAAUUUCAGGAUGAUAGAAAGAAGGAGAGGCAGAUGAUGGAGAGCUUAAAUUUGGUGGACAAAGAGAACGCCAAGAAAUCUUUAGAUGCCGCUAUUUCUUUCCGUGGAAGUUGUUUAGAUAUGUGCCCUACCUUUGAAAGAGUCGAGAGACAGUAUAAAAACCAGGUAUCGAAGUGGGAAAAGGACUCCAUGACCGGUAGAAUUUCUAGGCAUUAUGCUAUCAAGACGUUUAUGAGACCCUCUGGCCAGCCUCCCCCACUUCCGAGUGACGUUAGAGCUCCCCAUAUUCUUUCCAAGACUUUGGACUAUAUUAUAGACAAUUUACUACUAAAGAUGCCCGAUUCACAGUCAUUUAUUUGGGACAGAACUCGGUCCAUCAGGCAAGAUUUUACAUUCCAGAACAAUUACUCUGGAAUUGAGUCCAUUGACUGUCAUGAGAAGAUCUGCAGGAUACAUAUAUUAUCACUUCAUGUGAUGGCGGGUGCUCAUGAUCCUGAUUAUCAACAGCAACAAGAGUUAGAACAAUUUAAUAACUCCAUGCAGACUCUAACUUACAUGUAUAAAGAUGUGAGAUCACGUGGUGGAUUUUGUCCCAACGAGCCGGAAUUCAGGGCUUAUGAGCUAAUCUCAAAGGUUGAUGAUACCGAGUUGGAUAGAAAUUUGCAGCAAUUACCAGAAUCAAUCAUUUCUGCGCCAAUUCUUCAGAGAGCUUUAAUGCUUAGGGGCUUAAUUCUUCGUGGCAUAGGUAAUUUGAACCUUUAUACUCAGUUCUUUGAAGCAGCUCUUAAUGGUGAGACACCUUUUCUACUUGCCUGCAUGUCUGAAAUUCACUUUAAUGAGGUCAGGUACAAUGCUUUGAAGAUUAUGUCAAGAUCCUUGCAUUCGAAGUCAAAGAGUCUGCCCGAUGCCAGGAUAUUGGUUGCGGAUUUGGGUUUUGAUACACUUGAAGAGUUUUUGAAGACUUGCAAGUUGUACUCGUUACCGGUGAUUCAUGACUCAGAAAACAUUCCAAGAGUUGAGGUAUCCGCUUUUAACACGGCCUUCAAACAUUCACAGGCUCAGCCCUAUACUAUCCGUAUCAAUGACAUCAGUCACGGCAGUUCAUACAAAGAUAUUGUCAAUUCUGGACUACCGAACUAUGCUUUGAACCUUGCGAGUGCGAAGCACUUGGAAGAAGUGGCACGUGAAAGUUUUCGUGAGGGUAAAGAGGGCAGCAGAAUUAUUGCAGAUGUUCUUAAAGGUGCUUCUCACGUUAGCAUUCCUCAGGCUGUUAUUAAAGCGAUUAAAAAACAACCAGAUGCGUUUGGAAUUACUACUGAGCCUCCAAGGAGCACGGUACCAUCGUUUGAUCCACAGCCAUCUCAAGAGCAAUCAGCUUCAUCCCUUUUUGGUGGAACGCUUGCACAUGGCAGUGCAACGCCAUUCAAUCCUGGUAGCUUGUUCAAUAGUACUAGGCCGAAGUUAGAAUUUUCAAGCCCAUCUUUACAGAAGUCUCGGCCUCCAAAGCCAAUACAACAGCCAUUUCAGAUUACAGAGAAUGCAUCAAUACCACAGUCGCUCGCACAAACGCCAGUCAAGCCGCUAAGAUUACCUGCUGCACCUUCAAAGGAGCCGAAUCCACCUGUUUCUCUACCAAAGCGGAAGCUCCUGGGGCUUCCUGAAUUUGAUACAGCUGCCAAAGAAGUGGUAGACGAUACUAUUCAUCACAUGAUCUCAAAGAUCACUCCUCAACUUGUUGAGAGGGCUAUUAAAAAUGCCACAGAGGUCCAACAGAAUCACAGAGAGCAAUUAGUUGGCCAGCUCACCGAGGAGCUCUACAGCGCUUUUAUGCGAGAGCAAAUUUAUCUUUUUGCUCUUAAAGUGAGAGCACAAGGUUUCCGGGAGAAGAAAUUAAAGUUGUGGGCAGUUCAGAGGCUGAUACAUGCUGCUAGACGAAGCAGUAUCAAAAACAAGGAAAAGAACGAGAGAUUGAUCGAAGUUGACACGUUCCGUAACAACGUGACAACUCCUCUAAUUGCCUCACUCAGGGCUCCCCGGACGGGGUUUUACACACCCAAAGAUCCCACUGGACCUAUCGAUAUUUCUUUGCUACUUGAGAAGAGCCAAAUACAACUAUCCCAAAUGAGAAUGCUUACCAUCGCUAGAAAUUGGAAUGCUUCUACAUCUAAAUGGAUAGCCAAUAAGCUUGGAUUGAAGCAAAUUGGAAGCGAAGACGAACUAACCGCCGAAUGGAAGAGCUCGAAAACAGCACUAAAAAUCCAUUCGCUUUCGGAUUCAUUUGAUCCUAAAACCGAUUUCAGACGUGUUGACUUUGUUGUAAUACAAGUUGGAACACUGGAGGCAAAUCGGCAUACGGAUAAAUACAAUCUCAAAGAAUCCUUGGAGGCUGAUGGUAAGGUUGUUGCGAAGGUCCUAGAGUAUUUGCGGAAGUACAACAAAGGAUACUAUACUUCAGUUCUUGUUACGUUUUUUGACUGCACAGACUUUAAUUUUACCGAUUCUGAGGUGAUAGAGUACUUGAAACUUGAUAGUUACAGCACUGAUGUUCAUGACGUUACUAUCGAAGUUGUCAAUCUUUCGACGUUGUUUGCGUUGCAGUAUGUCGGAACCAAGAGGCAAUUUUCUUCGGCGAUUUUUGAUAUGCUGGGAAGAUGCCAUUCCAAGGAACUAGAUCUACAGCGGGCUGAAGAAGAGUCUACUAGGUUGCAGAGUACUACGAUAGAUGAAGCUUCAAGAUCAUCCAAUGGACAGUCUUUGAUUGGCUUAAUGAAAGGGGGGGACAGAUUAGCCUCACAGGAAAGAAGAAGGAGAUAUGAUAAGAAGAGGGUGCAUUACAUCAAAUCACAACUUUCUGAAACCGGCAAGUCGAUGUUCAGAAUCAGACUCAAAAGAAAGAGGCGUGAAGAGGCAUCGAAUACUUCUUGGUUGACAACUUCGAACUCGACAAAUGAGUUGAGAAAUAUCUCUUUACUCUCUACGACUUCCUCACCUAUAUCUACAGGAAGGUUUUACCUGCCUUACUCUGAAGAGGACAAUUCCCAAGCGGACAACAACAGGAAGAAGAAGGUGGACGAAUUGACUGCUCUUGCAGACAGCAUCCUUAACGAUAGCUGA